ACUUUCCUCAGUAGUUAGGCUGGGUUGAAUUCCUUGGGGUUGUUUGGAUACCUAGUUAUUAUGAGCAAAAUUCCCAGAAAAGUCGUCGCCCUACAGAGCAAGAAGAAAAACAAACAAAUUAAGAAAAAUGCCCCGAAAGACAAAUCUAUUGGAAACAAAUGUAACGGUGCCGUAGAAGACCGACUUCAACCACAGGACGACUCCACGCCUAAAAAUGAACAAGAGCCAACAUAUUGUGAGUACUCACGAGAUGAGGAAGUUUUAGAGGAGGAAGAAAUUCUCGGCAGUGAUGACGAUGAGCAAGAAGACCCUCGGGAUUACUGUAUAGGUGGAUAUCAUCCAGUUAAGAUCGGGCAGGUAUACAAUUCACGUUACCACGUCGUCCGUAAGCUUGGUUGGGGUCACUUUUCCACUGUGUGGUUAUGCUGGGAUUUAUGUUCAAAGCGUUUCGUUGCAAUGAAAGUAGUCAAGAGUGCUCCGCACUACACAGAAACAGCUCUUGAUGAAAUAAAGCUGCUAUCAUGCGUCCGCGAAUCUGCCCCAGAUGACCCGUUCCGGAAAAAAACAGUUCAGUUGCUAGAUGAUUUCAGAGUGUCUGGUGUAAAUGGGAACCAUGUUUGUAUGAUCUUUGAGGUUCUUGGCCAUAAUUUGUUGAAGCUAAUAAUCAGGUCUCAGUACCGAGGCAUUCCACUCGAAAAUGUUCGUUCUAUUAUUAAACAAACCCUUCAAGGACUUCAUUACUUGCACACAAAGUGUCACAUUAUUCAUACGGAUAUCAAACCGGAAAACAUUUUAGUUUGUAUUUCUGAUUCUCAAAUCCGUAGAAUGGCAGCGGAGGCCCUCGAUGCUCAAAGACGAGGUGUACAGUUGUCAGGUUCCGCAGUGAGCACUGCACCCAAAGAAAAACAAGAUAACACGAAGAUGACAAAAAGUCGCAAGCGCCGUCUAAAAAAGCAACAACGAAAACAACAAGCACUUUUAGAACAGGAACUUGAUGAAUUAGAGGAAUUGGAAUCACAGGAGCAUGAACGUCGUUUGUUGGAUAUGGGACUGAUUCCUGCUGACAAUGAACAGAACCAUGAAAAGCCAGAACAAGUAGAUGAAAAGCCUAAAAGGGACUCAGAAGUAUCCCCAGAACAGUCAUACUCGAAUGAGGCUAAUACUACUCCCCCAACAGCAGACUCAUACAAUGCCAGUCCAAGCAAAGAUUGUCAUCCUACUACAAAUAACACUGGGUCACCCGACGUCUCUACAAAUCCACCGUGUAAAAAUGACACAGAAGAGUCAAAAGAUCAUACUAAGCAUAAACAGAAUAAGGGUCCAACUGACUUGUCGGAAGAAAGUGAUCAAUUUAUACAAGAAGACAACGAAAGUGGAGUGGCUGUUCGUCGUCGAGUUAAAAAGCUUCCAGAUCAUUCUGGUGCUGCCGAUGAUAAGGCUGAUAUUCCACUGGCUCCUGUGACUGAACCACAGAAAACGUCAACUACUGGUGAUCGUAGGUCCGUAAUCAUUCAACCAGAUGGGCUUUUGGCAGCAGCUGCAGCAUCAGUGAUGUCUAGUACUUCUCAUUCUCCUCCGGAGUCCUCAGCAAAAGAUGAUCAAGGUCAGGUCAAAUCGAAUUUCACGAACUCGAGGUCAAACGGAACUGAAGGAAAUGAAAGGAAACUUAAUUCGGAGUCCAAAUCAAGUCUGACAGUAAACAGUACUGGUGAAGGUAGUUCCAAACGGUUAAGUUUGGUUACACCAUCUAAUAACAAUGCAGUUUCUGGUCAAAGUGCUUCAAACAAACGUCGAUCACUGCUUUUCGAAACUGUGAUACAUGAACCUGAUGCUAGUAAAGAGCCGUGUGAUAUUGAAGUGAAAAUCGCCGAUUUGGGUAAUGCAUGCUGGACUUACCGUCAUUUUACUGAGGAUAUUCAAACUAGACAGUAUCGAGCCUUGGAGGUUCUCAUUGGCUCCGAAUAUGGACCACCCGCUGAUAUUUGGAGUACGGCUUGUAUGGCUUUUGAAUUGGCUACCGGUGAUUACCUUUUCGAACCUCAUUCUGGCGAAGAUUAUACACGAGAUGAGGACCAUCUAGCACAUAUCAUUGAAUUAUUAGGCCCCAUACCUAGAAAUAUUGCUCUUUCAGGAAAAUACUCUCGUGAGUAUUUCGAUAAACGAGCUUGUUUACGUCAUAUACAUCGCUUGAAACCUUGGAAUUUAUUUAAUGUCCUCACUGAGAAAUAUGAUUGGCCACCAAGCGAAGCGGCUCUUUUCACCAGUUUUCUGGAACCAAUGCUCGCGUAUGAUCCUAAUAAAAGAGCGUCCGCGUGGGAUUGUUUACAACAUUCCUGGAUAACUGGUCAACCGUAUUCUCCAUCAGUUGAGGAAGGCCUACCAAAUCAUAUCCCAUUUGGAGUGAAUAUACCAGAUCCAUUGAUGGGUGACGUUUUAUCUAAUCCUAGUACAUAUUACCAUCCACAUGUCAAUCAACCAAAUAUUGUAGAUCCCGCAAACACUGCUGGCUUGUGUUACAGUCAACACCCACACUUAAAAAAGCAAUACCCGACAGUUCAUUGCGUUGCUCCACAAUCUAGAAACAGUCGUUCUGUCAACUACAUACCACCUGAACUAUCUUUCAGUGGAAAUGUCAACCCAUCUGAAUAUCACUUAUCUUAUGGUUCCGAAAUGGUUGUGGGUGGGGAAAGUGUGCCGAAUCGUAGUAUGUGUGUACCAGAUUCUCACUUUCAACCGUGGUCCUCAAAACUCAUGGGCUCAAAACGACUAGAUGUUGUCAGCAAUGUGGACGGCACAAUAAAUUUAGAUGUAAGUUUUUUUUACCCCCCCCCCCUGAUGUAUUUCUAGUUUAUACUUAACGUUGAACAGGAUUCAACCAUUUUCAUUGAAUGCCGAUUUAUUUCGUUCGCCUAAUCUGUAAUCCUAAACCUUGAUAUUAUCCACAUGGAGGUUCUAUUGACUACAAUGGUCAUUUUAUCCAAGUUAAUAGAAUAAAAUUACAUAUUUACCAAUUCUCACAGCUUAUGACGCAAAUUAAAUAACUGCCUGUAAAUAAAUGCCUAGUAUAAUGGGCUGUUGAAAGUGGUUUAUGAAAGUAGGAGAUAUACAUGUAUAAUCAUAAGAGGCUUCAAAACAUUGCUCAAUUAUAAUAGGACCACUACGUAAAUAAUCCUGAGGUGAAAUGUAAGGGUAUCUUGUAAAAACGUACCAGUUGAUAAAGUUGUUCAUCCUCAUCUCAGGCACCUAGUACCUGUGUUACAUGUUUAGCCAUCUACUAUGACGCGUAUUAAUGGCUAUCGUAGGCACUGGUUUGAUGAAGGUUCGAGAAACUAAGUAGAAAUGUAGAACCAGUUUUGAAGUUACAUUGAGACAUGAGGAUAGGUUCAUAGUUCUCAGGUAAGAUCCCACCGAAACCGGGAUCAAGAUUCGUCCCAAUUGGCGUAGCUAGGUUCGUUGUUUAUGUCCCAAAUCUGUUAUUCCACACGUUCCAUACCCUUUCUAAUUUCAUUCGUUCCCAUAUUUUUGUGUUUAAUAUUUUACAAUCAUGGGUAUUACCAUUAUCUUGACACCGCUCCUAAUCUCGUUAACCCCCUCUCUCCGCGCUGUUAUGAAAUGUGGUCACUUACACUAAUGGAUGCCAAUACCAGGACAUAUUCUGUUGAUUACUGGACUGUUUGUUCUACACAUGUAUUCCUUGCUUAAAAGCUUAUAUCUACAGAAGUCGAAGAAAUCAUAUUGUAAAAUAUUGUUAAUGAGACAGUUCGGGACUGAUAAACAACUCUUAGUAAGUUGUUUUAGUAUUAUUUAUUGAAACGUUUGAAUAAUUCAUUACCCCCAGUAAGACAGUCAAAAUAGAUUUAGAGAAGCCACACUGAAUGAUUUUUUGAUUCAGUGUUUUAAUGUCGAUCUUAAAAGUAUAACAUUCAUACUGUUUUCUUUAAAUUUUACACAGUUAAGAUAAUGUUCUAACUGUAAUCGUUGUAUAUUUUUCAGACACGUUCAGAUAUACUAAAAAAAGGAAUAUGAUAAUCGGUUGCUACUAUUUUUAUAUAUAAAAAUAUUUCGUCCCAUUGAUCGAAUACUUUUGUUUCACUGUACUUGAAAAAAACUUAGUAUUUACGUAAAUCCAUGUUUACACCUAUUAAUUUCAAUGACUUCAUUGAAUCGAAAGUAUAUAGAAAGUUCAGAUAUACUCCUAUACUUCCUACAAGAAAUCACCAUUUAUUUGAUUGUUCAGAUCUUUGUUUGACAGCAAACCAGUCAUUCCAUGCGUUUAUUUCCAUGAAUAUAUUAUUCUUUUGUCUAAAUCCAUGUCACUAGAUGUGUCCGUUUUUUCCCUUUCUUUUACAAGCCUGUUCAUGUUGGAAAUUUCAUACACAGUCUACCAGAUCUCAGUCCUGCUCCUAGCGACGACGAUUAUGACGAAGAAGAUGACGAUGACGACGACGAGGAUGAUGAUGAUGAGACCAAAGAAGGUGAAGAAGAUGAGGAUGAAAGCGGAGAUGAUGAGGAUCCUCGGAUGCAUUCGUUACACCAUCAUCAUCGUCAGCAUCAUCAUCAUUCGCACUAUUAUGGACAUCCAUCUAACACAUCAUCUGUUUAUCAAUUUUUGGAUCCCCCUCAUAUAAUCCCAGUAGAAUCUUCUGAUCAUUCUCAUUAUGCUGACCCUUUAGCUAUGGCAGUAGCUGCUGGACUGCCACCUAGUAAAGCUGCUAUACUAGCUUAUGCAGCACAAGCUCUUGGACCAGAUACUGUUUGGGCUGGUUUAGCUGCAGCAAAAAAACGUCAACAACAACAGCAAGCGCAACCAAUGAAUAAUACAGAAGAGACAACUUCCGAUUCACUUACUAAUAAUGAUCAUGUAAUAUUAACUACCUCAACUAUAAAAACUGAUGAUGAUGGUACACCGCGUAACACUGAUUCGUUGC